AUGCCAAACUCAGCACUGCCCCCCACACGCGAGCUGCGAUCAGAGGACGACUGGACAAAGGUCAAGGACCCAAAGGAGAAGAAGAGGAUACAGAAUCGAGUCGCGCAAAGAACCUACCGCCACCGUAUGAAGGCGCGUCUGGGCGAACUCCAAGCCCGUCUCGAGAGCCACGAAGCCCGUCGAUCGCAAAGCGUCGAUGCCAUCGACGCGCCAGCAAUCGCGAUACCAACGCCUGCUCUCGCCAACGAGGGGUCCGUGUCGCCUACCAUCGCGGGAACGCUGGCGGACGCCGGCAUUGACCAGAUCCCGCACCACGCGCUGCCGCCCCAGUUCCUCGCUCACCAGCAACCGCAACCGAACCUGUACGAGCAGCCCGUGGAUGACCCUGAGAACUCCCUGUUCCCGCGCGUGGCCGGAUCGCACACCUUGAUCAUGUCCAGCCCAACGCUAUCACAUCGCUCCUCCACCACACAUGGGCUCCUCUCGCCCCCAACCAACGCCGACCCUGCUGCCAAUACCAGUGCCAGCAGUGCCAAUGCGGCCCAGGCCGCCGCCCCCGUGCAGGAUCCGAGACGGGGAAAGCAAUCGAAGAACUUUAUGGCGGAUUGUCUACGGUUCCAGUCCCAGCUCGCGAGCCGCUUGGACAAUCUGCAGCACGAGACUGGCUUCACUACAUUCCCGCAGCAACAGCAGCAGCAGCAGCACCAGUCACAGGCCUCCAUGUCUAACCCUGUGUCUCAGCAAGACCAGGUCCACGCCCUAAAUACAUUUGCGCAUGCGGAUGGGACGCUGGGCUUUGACGCUGCCGUGACAAAUGCCAGUGCCCCUUUUCAUUCAGCGGCAGAGAUGUGGAAGCACGAAGGCGUCAAGCUGCACUCGCCCGACAGUGCAUUAUUUCACUCCGUGACAUCCACAGGGCCAUCCAUCGGGGCCAACAUGGCUCUACCGACCGCGACAGCCACGGCUAACGCCUCAGGCCCCGACUUGAGGACGCGCAAGCCAGCCCCCAACGCCUCCCUCGACGAGCGCUUCGAGUGCAUCAUGGAGCAAGUGGAGGCCGCGGGCUUUGAGAACUUUGAUGCCAUGGUGACAGCCUACUACACGCAAAGCUUCAGCCCCACGUCGGCGCUGGCCGACGAGCAGCGCCUCUCGCGGAACAGACGCCUGCCGCAGGUCAUCUCGGACAUACACGCGGCCGCGUCCGGCUCGUGGUCCGAGUGGGAGCGCAAGGGUUUCCAGGACGAGAUCCUCCGCACUGCCGAGGGCAUGCUCACGAGCGAGGGCUGCGACGCCCGGCAAUCACUCGGCAGCAAGGUCGCGCAGCUCGUCGAGGCACAGGACCUGGGGGACGCCACCAAGGCGGCCGCGGCCAUGGUGGAGAUGAAGCGGACGGUGCAGGAGCAGCUGCCCAACGCGUGGGCCGUGACCAUGGCCCUGGCGGCGGACACGCGACACUCGUGGCAGAGUGACCGCUCCAAUACGGCGCUGGCCACGACGCUGCUCCUCAACUUUGCCGGGCGUAUCUCCAACGAGCAGCUCCUCCGACUCGUCGGCACCUGUCUGUGA